AUGAACUAUUGUGAUAAUAAAGACGUAAAUUCAUCAAAAGAUAUUAAAAAAUAUGUUAAUUCUCCUCAAAUAAUAAAUAAACAAGAACAUAAUCAAAUGAAAAAAAUAAAUAAUUUAAAUGAAAAAUCAAUACCAAUAAAACAGACAAGUAUUCAUCGUUCAUGUUUAAAACAUCGAUCAAAUCAACAAUCAAAUAUAUCAUCAGAUAAUAAUGAAACUCAUCGAUUAUCAUCUGGUCGAGUAUCAUUUGCACAAACACCAUUAAAUGAUGGAAAAAUACUUAUUAAUGAUUUUGUUGAAAAAAAACAUCAAUCAGCUAUAUUUGCUAAAAAAGCAAAAGAAUUUCAAUUAGCUGAAUUAAAUUAUUUUAAAGAUCAUGCUCGAGAUAAAGAACCAAUUGAUGAAUAA